AUUCUCAUAGUUGCAACGCUGAUUGCUCUCUGGAUGAUAGGAGAGCCUGUGGAUUACGAGAACUUUGAGAUAUCGAAAGCGAGUUUCCGUGAGACAAUGAGGAUUUUGGCUAUAAUGAUGGCAACCUUAUAUUACGCGGUAUCUGUUCAGGUUCUAUUUGCCUUGGUUAUCGGGGUCAUUAAUCACAUAAGGUUUGUCAAAGAGAUGGGUUUGCUACAUGGUUUCUUGACUUUGGCCUUUUUCCUCAUGAACUUGUUC